AUGGCCGUAUUCCGGUCGGGCCUCCUGGUGCUGACAACGCCGCUGACCUCCCUGGCCCCUCGCCUGGCCCCUAUCCUGUCCUCGGCAGCCCGGCUGGUGAAUCACACGCUCUAUGUACACCUGCAGCCGGGCAUGAGCCUGGGCGGCCCGGCUCAACCCCAGUCCAGCCCCGUGCAGGCCACGUUUGAAGUUAUCGAUUUCAUCACGCACCUCUACGCAGGAGCCGAUGUCCACAGGCACCUGGACGUCAGAAUUCUGCUGACAAAUAUUCGAACCAAGAGCUGUCUCCCUCCCCUCCCCACCUCAGUCCAGAACCUGGCCCACCCCCCGGAAGUGGUCCUGACUGACUUCCAGACCCUGGAUGGAAGCCAAUACAAUCCGGCCAAGCAACAGCUAGAGCGUUAUGCUACCAGCUGUUACAGCUGUUGUCCGCAACUGUCUUCAGUGUUGCUGUACCCAGAUUAUGGGCCUUCAGCGCCCCCCGUGGAGUCCCUGGGCGUCCACUUACCCUCCACCAUCAGGCCAACCUCCCCUGUGGCCAGGUCUGCAAAGCAACCAGUGCGCGGCCACCAGCGGGGGGCUGUGGGCGGCACCUUUGACCGCCUGCACAAUGCCCACAAGGUGUUGCUCAGUGUGGCGUGCAUCCUGGCUCAGGAGCAGCUUGUGGUGGGAGUAGCAGACAAAGACCUGCUGAAGAGCAAGUUGCUCCCUGAGCUGCUCCAGCCCUACACAGAACGCGUGGAACAUCUGAGUGAGUUCCUGGUGGACAUCAAGCCCUCCUUGACAUUUGAUAUCAUCCCCCUGCUCGACCCCUAUGGGCCCGCUGGCUCUGACCCCUCUCUGGAGUUCCUGGUGGUCAGCGAGGAGACCUAUCGUGGGGGGAUGGCCGUCAACCGCUUCCGCCUUGAGAAUGACCUGGAGGAGCUCACCUUGUACCAGAUCCAGCUGCUGAAGGACCUGAACCACAAGGAAAACGAGGAGGACAAAGUCAGCUCCUCCAGCUUCCGCCAACAAAUGCUGGGAAACCUGCUCCGGCCUCCAUAUAAGAGGCCAGAGCUUCCCCCAGGUUUCUACGUGAUUGGGCUGACGGGCAUCAGCGGCUCUGGGAAGAGCUCAGUAGCUCAGCGGCUGAAGGGCCUGGGAGCAUAUAUCAUCGACAGUGACCACCUGGGUCACCGGGCCUAUGCCCCGGGCGGUCCUGCCUACCAGCCGGUGGUGGAAGCCUUUGGAACAGAUAUUCUCCAUAAAGAUGGCAUUAUCAACAGGAAGGUCCUGGGCAGCCGGGUGUUUGGGAACAAGAAGCAGCUGAAGAUACUCACGGAUAUUAUGUGGCCAGUUAUCGCAAAGCUGGCCAGAGAGGAGAUGGAUCAGGCUAUGGCUGAGGGAAAGCGUGUGUGCGUGAUUGAUGCCGCCAUGCUGCUUGAAGCCGGCUGGCAGAACAUGGUGCAUGAGGUGUGGACGGUUGUCAUCCCUGAGACCGAGGCCAUACGACGCAUCGUGGAGAGGGAUGGCCUGAGUGAGGCUGCGGCUCAGAGCAGGCUGCAGAGCCAGAUGAGUGGGCAGCAGCUUGUGGAUCAGAGUCACGUGGUGCUGAGCACCAUGUGGGAGCCGCAUAUCACCCAGCGCCAGGUGGAGAAAGCCUGGGCCCUCCUGCAGAAGCGCAUCUCUGAGGCACCAUCAGGCCAAUGA